AUCCCAAGAAAACAAAAGCUAUCUCUUUGAAUAAGAGGCGAUGAGGACGAAUUGCUACUCCACUUGGCCAGUAUAAAGCCGGCCGUCCGUCGCACGCACCUCCUGGUGUGCGACCACAAGACAAUACCGCGUGGACAGGUAUUCUGGAGAGCGACGACACAUGUCUUCGACAAUGGUGCGGGUGCCGGAGGUGGCGCUGAGGCAUGGCAGCGGGAGGCCCAUGCCGGCGAUCGGCAUGGGGACGGCCAAUUUCCCGGUCGUGCCGGAGACUAUCCGAGACGCGGUGCUCGCGGCCGUGGAGCUCGGCUACCGCCACUUCGACACGGCCUCCAUGUACGGGACGGAGCCACCGCUAGGCGACGCUGUGGCGGAGGCUCUGCGGCUUGGGCUGGUGGCAUCCCGGGAGGAGGUGUUCGUCACCACCAAGCUGUGGUGCACGCAGUGCCAACCGGACCUGGUGCUCCCGUCCCUCCGGCAAAGCCUAGAGAACCUGCACUUGGAGUACGUGGACCUGUACCUGAUCCACUGGCCGGUGAGCCUAAAGCCCGGGCCAGCGGUGUUCCCGGCGAAGCGGGAGGACGCCGUGCCGUUCGACUUCGAGGGCGUGUGGCGGGAGAUGGAGGAGUGCCACCGGCUGGGGAUCGCCAAGGCCAUCGGCGUCAGCAACUUUACCACCGGCCACCUCGAGAAGAUCCUGGCGACCGCCACUGUUCCACCUGCAGUCAACCAGGUGGAGAUGAACCCGGUGUGGCAGCAGAGGAAGCUGAGGGAGUACUGUGCAGAGAAGGGCAUCCACGUCACAGCCUACUCGCCCUUGGGCGGGCAGAACUGGUCUGGGGAAGGCAACGCCGUGCUGGAUUCCGAGGUGCUCGCGGAGAUCGCCAAGGCUAGAGGGAAGAGCUUAGCACAGGUAGCGUUGAGGUGGAUUUACGAGCAAGGAGUGACCCCAAUCGUCAAGAGCUUCAACAAGGACAGGCUCAAACAAAACCUUGAGAUAUUCGACUGGGAGCUGACCGACGACGACCUGCUCAAGAUCAGCCAAAUUCCACAGAAGAUGGUCACAGCCGCUGGAUUGUUCUCGUGUGAAGGCGAGUUUACGUCGGCUGACCUUGCUGACAUGGAAAUUGUCGAGGAAUAGGCAUUAUAUGUAAGAACGCAUGCGUUACAGUAAACUUGUAUACAGUAGCUUAUAACAUAAAAUGGAAAUAAACAAAACCGUCCAGUCCAGUGUUAUGCUGCGGCCAGACACUUUUUAAUCA